AACCGACAGCCGAGACAUAGAUACAUACAUUUCUAUCACCGAGAAAGCAACAACGAAGAAGCAACUGCACGAUUCUCGCCCCCCUUUACUCUGACACACAGCAGAGCAGAUGAGAAUCCGGGAGCCCCAUCCUCUUCUUUAGAGAUUCCUGCUUUGAAUUAUUCGGAUCUCUCUUCAGCGUGAUUCUGAUUGAUUUUUUUUUUUUUUUUUUCCCGGUUAUUCUUUCCCUCCAGCAGUAGUUAAGUUUAGGCCUGGUUGAUUUCUAUACUGAAUUUAGUUGCCCCAUGUGUUGCUGAUUGAUAGCGUGCCGUGAUGGCAGUUUGUCUUCUGCUUGCGUUGGGAAGUAAUUAAUCACCGUAUUGGACUUCGGUUUUCUUCCUUGCCUUUUUGGCGAUGAAUUGGGACUAAUUAAAUGACUAGGAGAAGUGCUUUGCUGUGACGAGAAUUUUCUGGUUACUUCUUUUCCUGAUUUUCGGAUUCUUCUGAGGAAUGGAUGAGUAAUGGCGCUAGCAGAAGCUAGAGCUGCCUGGCAGAGAACGGCCAACAGAUGCUUGGUCCAAGAAGAUGCAAAAAGAGCGCCAAAAUUGGCUUGCUGCUCAUCAUCUCCGAUUCCCGUUACACAGGCUGAAACAGGAUCCACAGAUGCUCCUAGCGGCCUAGAAAUUCCUUCUGUUGGCUCGCUGCCGUUUGAUCGAAAUUCUUCAUGUUCCAAUUUAUCUCCCAGUUCAAAAUGGUGGCUGCGGAUGCCACCAAAUUAUGGGUAUACAAAAGGCAUGGCGGAUGACCAUUUUACUUCUCUGGAGAGAAAUGUUAGAACCUGCAAUAUUCAAGAAAGCCCAAGAGACACAACAAGGAGCGGAGAUGAUUCGAGGCAUAGUGAUCUAAUUUCACAUUUUGAAUCACCUCUUGAUAGCCAGAGUAGAAACUCAUUAACUUGUGAAAAGAAAGACUUUUCUGUUAAAGAUGAUAAAUUAGGGGCAUUCUGUAAGUGGAAUUGCCAAGAGCACCUGAAGCUCAAUGCCAAGGAGGAUAUUGGAGUUCUAAGCGAGGAAUGCUUUCAUAGUGAAGUUUCGAAAUAUUCUAGUGAUCUUUAUUUUGAUUCUGAGUCUUCUUGGAUUGGAGGUGUGAAAAACACUCCUUGGUGGCGAACUGCAGAUGCUGAGGAGUUGGCUUUAUUAGUUGCACGAAGGUCACUUGAUCAUAUUGAGAAUUGUGACCUUCCCAGGCCGCAGAAAACUCACUCCAAGAAUCUGAGUAUGAAUAUGUGCUGUCCUAUUCACGACGAAAAAUACGCAGCAUCUCCAGGUCAAAAACCUAAUACCCAUGAUUCACGUACCAAUCAAUUUAAACCAGGUAACCCUACAGCAAAGUGGUCUUGCGAAAAACUAAGAAUGUCAGUUGGAGAUCAAUCUGUGUCGGGUACAGAUAAGGCAUUAAGGAGCAGCGCAGCACACAAAAGGAUGGCAGAAAUGCCUGCAAUGGAGGAUGAUACAGGCAAGGCUCAACUCUUGGAAGCCCUACGGCAUUCUCAGACACGUGCGAGAGAAGCAGAGCAAGUGGCAAAACAAGCGAGCACGGAGAAGGAACACAUAAUCAAGCUUGUACUCAGACAGGCAUCUCAACUCUUUGCUUACAAACAGUGGAUCCAACUCCUGCAGCUGGAGAACAUGUAUAUCCAAUUCGAAAAUAGCAAAAGCCAGGCAGCAUCCACGUGGGAAAAGUCGAAGAGUAAGAAGGGGAGUGCGAAUGGAUCAAGGUGUGAUUACGGAGUUGCUUUGGCAGUGGGGUUGGGUCUUAUUGGGGCAGGGUUGCUGCUGGGAUGGACUAUUGGGUGGAUCCUACCAACCUGCUGGUGAAUUUCAAGGAAUCUUCUUCAUCUUUUGUCGGACUCUUAGGUUUGUGUAAUAUAUAUAUAUAUAUAUAUGUAUGUUUUGAUCUGCUGCAUUUAGUUAGUGAUGUAUAUACAAAAUAUACAAGUACAUUGAUUUGAAUUUUGUAUGAUUCACUAUGGAUUUUUAAAUCUAUGUAAUAUUACGAACGUUUUGAUGGUUGGAUAGUGUUGGACUUGGCCUUGAACUAUCGAUAUUU